AUGCCGGUAGAACUCAAUAAAGCUACUUUUGCGGCCCGCGUCAAGAAGGUCUACGAAGGCUGGAAUAGCGCCAGUCAGAAUGAAGAAUACAGCUCCAUAGCCGAUGUGGACGGCCUCUUCCUGCUUGCCGGUGACCCCGCCUCAGAAGAUGAGCCAACGCGCAAAGGAACCUGCUUCCAGCAAUGGCUCUUGGGUUAUGAAUUUCCUUCCACAUUUUUCUUCUUCCAAAAGGACAAGAUCUCAGUCCUUUGUUCGACGUCAAAAGCGAAAAUCCUGUCGCAAAUUGAGAAAUUGCCCGGGAUCCCACCUCUCGAUAUCCACGCACAGGCCAAGGCGAAAGAGCCGCCUAAUGAUGCUGUCCCAAGAUUCUUCCAGAAGUACCAAUCUGCAAAACGGGUCGGGGCCCUUCUCAAGGAAAACCACACCGGAAAGCUAGUCACCGAGUGGCAGAAGCUCGUUGCAGAAGCGGAUACGAAACCUGAGUCAGUAGAAAUGGGACCCGCGGUCUCGGCGUUCAUGGCUGUAAAGGACGAGGAGGAACUAAAAUUGGUCCAAAUUGCCGCCAAUCUCACUUCCACUCUCUUGAAACACCAUGUUGCACCGAAAUUGGAAUCUAUCCUCGAUAAAGAGUCCAGGAUAUCGCAUGACAUGCUGUCGGCGCAAAUUGAAACGCGUCUGGGUUCCGGAGAAGGUGAUAAUGCCAAGGGCCCCGAUAUGAAGGUCUGGAGCAAAGGGAAGAAUCUUGAGAAUAUCGACUGGCAAUCUGCGGAGUUUUGUUACCCACCAAUCAUUAUCUCCAAGUCUUCCAGCACUGGAUAUGACUUGAGAUAUACAAUCGAAUCCACCGAGGACAACAUCGCCCAUAAAGGUGUCCUUCUGACGUCCUUUGGCUUGCGGUACAAGACUUAUUCGACCAAUGUGGGCCGAACCUUUAUCGUCGAUCCCAAUCCGGACCAAGAAUCUCAGUAUAAUCUCCUGCUUUCCUUGCAAACCGAGUUACUUUCGUUCAUCAAGGAUGGCGUGCAAGCUAAAGAAGUCUACGCUCAUGCAGUCAACUACGUCCGAGAACGCAAGCCCGAGCUGGAAAAGAAUUUUGUGAAGACAGUUGGAUUUGGUAUUGGAAUGGAAUUCCGAGAUGCUACGUAUGUUCUCUCUGGGAAGAAUUCGCGCGUAAUCAAGAAAGAUAUGACAUUCAAUCUUGGCUUGGGCUUUUCCGAUCUAACUGAGCCCAACGGACAAAAAUACGCGCUGCAACUGGUCGACACUAUUCGCGUUGAUACCAACAAGUCCGUACUACUUACCGAUGGCAUCAAAUCUUCCAAAGAGACACUCUUCUUCCUCGACUCAGAGAGCGACGAGGAGAAACCCAAAAAGAAGGCCCCUGCCCCUAAGGCGAACGGCGCCGCUGCCAAAGUCAAGACUGUCGGAGGAAAGGUUCUUCGAAACCAACGCCGUGUCCAAGACGAGGUCCACCAAACAGCUGCUGCUAGGCUCAUCGAACAUCAGCGCGAGCUCCAUGAGAAAUUGCAGGAGAGUAACUUGGAGCGGUUCUCGGAGGGCGGAGGAAAGACGAGUGGAAAAGAGGGCAAGAGCUGGAAGAAGUUCCAAAGCUACAAGGGCGAAGGUGCUUUGCCUCAGGAAACCGAGAAAUUGAGGAUCUACGUGGACCGUAAAGCUCAGAGUGUGAUACUCCCGAUUCAUGGAUUCGCCGUCCCUUUCCACAUCAACACAAUCAAGAACGCCAGUAAGAACGAUGAGGGUGAAUUCACCUAUCUCCGUAUCAACUUCCAGACUCCUGGGCAACUCGCUGGAAAGAAAGAGGAUACUCCCUUCGAAGACCCAGAUGCCACCUUCAUCCGAUCCGUGUCGUAUCGGUCUCCAGACGGUCACCGAUUCGACAACCUUGUGAAACAGAUCACCGAGUUGAAGAAGGAGGCAAACAAGAGGGAGCAGCAGAAGAAGGAAAUGGCCGAUGUCAUUGAACAAGGCAAUCUCAUCGAAAUCAAGGGGCGACGACCUUACAAGCUUUCGGAAGCCUUCAUUCGACCCGCGCUCGACGGUAAACGACUGCCGGGCGAAGUUGAGAUUCAUCAGAAUGGUAUUCGUUACCAGUCUGUCGGUGCUCAGAAAGUCGACGUCUUGUUUAGCAACGUCAAGCACUUGUUCUUCCAGCCUUGCGAUCAUGAAUUGCUUGUUAUUGUCCAUCUGCACUUGAAAGCACCCAUCAUCAUUGGGAAGAAAAAGACAUUCGACGUCCAAUUCUUCCGAGAAGCUACAGAUGUCCAGUUCGACGAGACCGGUAACAGGAAGCGAAAGCAUCGAUAUGGAGACGAGGAUGAAAUUGAGAUGGAACAGCAAGAGCGCAAGCGCCGAGCCAUCCUCAAUAAGGAGGUCAAGGCAUUUGCGGAGAGGAUUGCAGAGGCUGCUUCUCACUCGCUUGGCGAGACGCUAGAAGUCGAUGUCCCUUUCCGAGAGCUUUCCUUCGAAGGUGUUCCAUUCCGUACAAGUGUUCGCUUGCAACCCACCACAGAGUGUCUGGUCCACCUCACGGACCCUCCUUUCCUCGUUGUCACUCUCACCGACAUUGAAAUCGCCUCCCUCGAACGUGUGCAGUACGGUCUCAAGCAAUUCGAUCUUAUCCUGGUCUUCAAGGACUUCACGAAACCCCCCCUCCACAUCAACUCUAUCCAAUCCAGUCAAAUGGACGAUGUGAAGAACUGGCUAGACUCUGUAGACAUCCCGAUGGCUGAGGGUCCGGUCAACUUGAACUGGGGUCCCAUUAUGAAGCAUAUCAACGACAACCCCUACGAGUUCUUCCAGGAGGGUGGUGGAUGGUCGUUCUUGGGAGUUCCUGGUGCUGAGAGCGCAGAGUCCGAAUCUGAGGACUCUGAAUCCGAGUUCGAAGCUGAUUCUGACGACUUCCAGUCCGAGUCGAGUUCAGACGACGAGUCUGACUUCUCAGAUGCUAGUGGCAGUGAUGACAGCGGAUCUGAAGACUACGACGAUGCUUCGGAUAGCGGUGAAUCAUGGGACGAGCUGGAGCGCAAGGCCGCCAAAGCCGAUAUGAAGCGUAGUGAGAACCGCAACAAGGGCUCGGACGAUUCCGAUGACGAUCGUCCAAAGAAGAAGAAAGCUACUAACGGCAAAGUCAAGGGCAAGCGCUAA